AUGACGAGCAUGAGUCGCAAACUUCUAGUAAUUUUAGUUAUGCAGGCAUUUUUCUACCACAGUCAUGCAGCUUUCUUCAAAAUGACCAAAAUGGAAUGUAAACCUAUCGAUAAAACCUUACUACGGCUGAAUGUGUGUCGCCUGAAGGCGGUAAAACGAGACGUUACCGAGGCGACCAUUCGCGUGCAGUUACAAAGACCAGUUGACAAUUGCGAUUUGCAUGUGGAACUGCUGCGCAAGUACACCUCGUAUCAGCCCUUCUUUAUCAACAAAACCUUCGAUGCUUGCGAGUUUUUGAAGACACGGAAAAAUGCUGUAUAUUUCGACAUAUUAUUCAAACUGCUGGCGAAUUACACGAAUGCCAACCACACGUGUCCUUAUGAUGGAGAAUUCAUAGUCGAGCGCUUCAGACCGUUUCACAACAAUUUGAUGUUGCCGCUACCCACCGGUGACUACCUCAUUAAAUUUGUCUUUUAUACCUCAAACGCCAUGAUUUUCCAAUUACUCGUGUGGUUUGGCUUCAAAGAAUUGGAUGACUGGGAAAGUCGCCGCAAAUUGGAAUGGUUUCCGAAGACCCUACAUACACCAUAA